UGUUUAAAAAAUUGGGUAAAAUGUUUUACAUUUGUUUGCAAAAAUUAGUUAAUAAUAUUUUUCUAAAAAUAUGCCAUAAGAAAAAGUGCUUUAUGUUUAUUGAUAUCACAACAAUAAACAUAAAAAUGAAAAAUUGUGUGAGCUCUUAAAAAGUAUGAUGGCAAAUGGGUAAAAACCCGAUUUGUUAUUUUAAAAUGGAAGCACAGAAACCCCCUCCCCCCUUAUCAACUAUAAUACAACUUUGUCAUGGGCCCCUUCUUAGUACUAUUCUUGGCUCUACAACUUUGCUAUACUCAAACCUUAAGUAAAGUCGUAAAUGAUCCUCAAUAUGGCAUUAAUUCAUUAAACGAUAAAUUAAACGAUUACACCCAACUAGUACCGCCAACACCCGAAUACUCAAAUGAAAACGAAGAAUUUGAUGACGAUGACUUCAGCAUAGCCGAUAUAAACGAUGAUGAUAUAACCUCUAUACAAACGAUUGAUGAUAAAAUGGAAUUAAAAUUUCGCCAGCCCAUUGAAGGGGUAAAUAUUGAUUAUGCUCGUAAUGCGGUAGUAUUGAAAUUUCACAAAAAUAAUGCGAAAUCUAUGAUGAAAAUGAAUACGCUGGAGAAUGAGAAAAAGAAAUCGGUACAGGAUAAUUUUAUACGUUUUGGCAAGAGAUCAUAUGAAGAAUUUCCUUUGGUUAAUAGUUUGGAUGAAGGUUUUGGCCUUAAGAAUGCGGGUAUGCGUUUAGAGCGUAGCCAUCAAACGGCCAGAGAUGCUAGGGGUGACAACUUUAUGCGUUUUGGCCGAUCGGCGAAUACGAAAAAUGAUUUUAUGCGUUUCGGCCGAGGUGGUAAUGAUUUUAUGCGCUUUGGUCGUUCACCAACACAAGAUUUUAUGCGUUUUGGUCGUGCUGCUGCAAGUGAUAAUUUUAUGCGUUUCGGUCGUCAAGCUAAUCAAGAUUUUAUGAGAUUUGGUCGUUCUCCCAGUCAAGAUUUUAUGAGAUUCGGUCGUUCUCCCAGUCAAGAUUUUAUGAGAUUUGGCCGAUCUCCCAGUCAAGAUUUCAUGAGAUUUGGCCGAUCUCCCAGUCAAGAUUUCAUGAGAUUCGGUCGUGCUCCCAGCCAAGAUUUUAUGAGAUUCGGGCGUGCUGGCCAAGAUAACUUUAUGCGUUUCGGCCGUAAUCCUCAACAAGAUUUCAUGAGAUUCGGUCGUACCCCUCAACAAGAUUUCAUGAGAUUUGGACGUAACACACCCAAAAUACCACAAAAUUUUAUGCGCUACAGUAGACCUGAUAAUUUUAUGCGUUUCGGACGUACUCCCCCACAACCUUCGGAUAAUUUCAUACGUUUUGGCAAGAGUAUAGAAAAAUCUAACGAUAAAAACUCAUCACAACCUCUGUUGGGUAAAAAUGAAUUGAAACAAGCUGUCAAACUAAUACACGAAGCCGAUAAAAAUGCCGAUAAUGAAAAUCCUGUCGAUAAAGCUAUUAAAGUACUUUUCGAUAAACAUCAACAGCAAGAUCAAGAUGACAAAGUCCAUAGUAAUGAGUUAAAUUUGGAUUCCUCAAAUCAACAUAAUGACAACAACGAUAACACUGAACUAGACUCUGAUUUGGACUAUUUCUUGAAAAUGUCAAAAUAAACUAAUUUGGACGGACUUUUGCUAAUAACAAAAAUAUAUAUUUUUUGUAAAUACUAAAGACUUGAGGAAAAAAACAAACCAAAAUAAAAACUUAAAAAAACUUGUA